AGGAAGGAGCGAGGUAUAGUCACGUAUAGCCUCGGUGUAUAGCCUCGGUGUGUGUAGAAUAUUAUUGCCUUGGUGUGUGUAGAAUAUCGGAGAUAAAGAAUGACUGAAAGAAUGGCUGAGGACGAGAUUGUUCCAUUGGUAGCCCAAGACAAGACCUCCUCUACUGAUUUGUUUAGGAUUGUUCUGGUGGGUAAGACUGGAGCAGGGAAGAGUGCAACCGGAAACACCAUCCUGGGGAAAAAGGUGUUUGAAGUGAACGCCUCUCUUAAUUCUGUGACAGACAAGUGUUACAAAACGAUUGGAGAGGUUUGUGGGAUGCGGGUGCAUAUUGUUGACACUCCUGGCAUCUUCGACACAGUGAAGACAGAUGAAGAAGUGAAAAAGACAGUAGGGGAGUGUGUCAACUUGUCUGUUCCGGGACCCCACGCAUUCCUGCUGGUGAUCAGGCUGGGGGGGAGGUUCACAGAGGAGGAGAGGAACACCGUGAAGUGGAUCCAGGAGAACUUUGGAGAGGACGCUUCAUUGCACACCCUCUUGCUGUUCACCUGUAAAGAUCAGCUGAAUGGUCAAGAAGUGGUCAACGUUCUGAGAAAGUCCAAGGACAUCCAGAAACUUCUCAACACCUGCGGGGGCAGAUAUCACUCGUUCAAUAACAACGAUAAAGACCCCACUCAGGUUACAGAGCUUCUGGAGAAGAUCAAAGAAAUGGUGGAGAAUAAUGGAGGACAUUACUACACCAAUGACAUGUAUGAGAAGGCUCAGAAAAGGAUCAAAGAGGAGGAGGAGAAGAGGAAAGCGGAGGAAGAAAAGCAGAGGCAGGAGCAGGAACGAAUCAUAGAGCAAAGAAUAAGACAGGAGGGAGUUGAGAAGGGGAGGAGAAAGAUAAUGUUCUUUGUGAUAUUGCCUGUUGCUGUUCUGUUGGUCAUAGGAGGGGUGCAUUUAAUAGCUACUGUAGGGGGAACAGUGGGAAAUGCUAUUGGAGUAACAUUAAUUAUUGUAGGAGUAACAGUUGUCAUAAUAGCAGGUGUCAUAAUAGCUAAGAUUUUCAAGACACAAAGAAGUGGAGCUGGCACACUUGCCUCAGUGUAAAAUUGGGCCUGUUCCAGACACAUCUGAAACCUGGCACCUAUGAACCUAAUUGAGAGCCAGGCGGAGCUGUGCCCUUGCAGCUUUGGUUUUCCCAAAUGUUUUAUUAUAAUUCAUUUCUUUGGUCCACAUACAUUUUUCCAACAGCACAAGUAAUCAACUGCAAAAUCAGACAACCCCAUUGUGGAAUAGUUUACUUAUUCAAUUGGUCAACUUGUCGCAUUCUAUGUGAGAAAAUAAUAUUUAUCUUGAGGCGCUUUCAAAUUGAGAGUGCCACAAGGAAAGAAACUUGCAUGCCCCAGUCAUUGCACAACAUUCAGCUUUGAUGGCUACUGUUAAAAAGAGGAGGAUCACAGCUUUCUAGUGCAUCUACAUUGUAUUUCUGAACUACAGAAAAUGUGCGGACUGCACCCUAUUAAAACCGGAGUUUUUAGCAACAGCUGGGAUGAUCUGUUUUAGAGCUCGCCAAUGGUGUUGAAUGCAUAGGGGAGUCCGAUGCUAUAUGUAACUUGAAUGAGUGCCAGUGGAAUGUUUUUUUUCGGGGACAUUCAAUUCAUCAAUACAUUGCUAACUAGCAAUAAGAUAAGUUUUAUAGUUUGUGAUCUAGCUAAUGAUAUAGCCACUAUGCUGCAUCAGUUGGGCUACAGGUAAAACUUGUUAUUGAUAAAUAGCACACCUGCUUGCUAAUAUGAACCAAUAUAUUGGAUCAUUUCUGGAGGGGGUAUUUAUAUUUUAGAUGGUGAUAGUUGUUACAGCUUUGGAAACUUACUUUUGUUUACCACUUUGUUCAAUUAUUCUUUAGUCCUUUAUCAGUACCUUCAUUUUCAUAAAAUAAUAAUGAAAAUAUUUUGGGUGUAGAAGCUUCAAUAGCAAUGAAGUUACCAAAUAAACAUCCCUGUGUGUACAUGUUUAUUGAACCUUUAUUCAACUAGGCAAACAAAUUCUUAUUUACAAUGACGGCCUAGCCCGGCCAAACCCGGACGACGCUGGCCCAAUUGUGCGCCGCCCUUUGGGACUCCGAUUCACGGACGGAUGUGAUAUAGUCUGGAUUCCAACCAGAGACUGUAGUGACACCUGUUGCACUGAGAUGCAGUGCCUUAGACCGCUGCGCCACUCAUGUUAGUAAAAACAGGAAUUCAUAAUUGUUUUUGUUAACAAAAGGGAAUUAUGAAAUGUUUGUGACUUUAGCUGAAUUUCCUGUGGAAUAUGUUUUAUAUAUGUUUUAUAUAUCUAGUUGCACAUUGUUUAAAACAAAUAAAAAGUGAAACUGUC